AUAGGAAGGAGGACCGACCUGUCAGAGCGGGUAAAUCACGGCAUCAAUGAGCUCGCCCCCAUCUCUUCCUCUACGGAGAAAAGAUUGAAACUUGCCAUUCCCAACCCAACCCAGGUGAAAAAGCUCUGAUUUUUAUUCUUGGGUCAGUCGGCUCACGAGCAGCAUCGGAGGUCGAUCGAGCAUUGGGCAUUGCGUUCGAGGACCGAGGAAUGUUCGGAUCGUUUCUGGGUCUCGUGAUGGAGAGAAGAUCAUGAGAAGCUCGAGCAUGUGUUCGGCGGUUGUUCGUGUCUUCGGCGAGAGCUCGUUCUGAUUCCGAUUGGCGACGGGGGAGGAGAGCUGUCGCGGUGCCGUGUGCUGGCUAGGGCGUCGCGUGUCGAGGUUUCGAGGUCCUUUCGAUCGGGCAAUGCGCGGCGCGUUGCUGGGUCCGUUCGCGAUUUGAAAAACUGCGUUUCGAGAGCAGUUUUUUUUUUUUUUUUUCCCCGGUGAUCGAUGAGUUGGCGAUGAGGUGUGCGGGAGAGGAAUGGAGGUUAGAUCGGAGGGCGGGAUUCAGGUGAGGUGCGACAAGCUACCGGCCCCGGUGAUCCCGAGGACGAGGUUGCAGGUUUGGUUCAUAUGGGUGUGCUCCAGCAUCUUGCUGUGGACCUGUUUGGUCCAGCUGAUCACGGUCGGGGAGCUGUGGCGGCCGCAUUUCUUCGAGAGGAUAUCGAAUCGGCUGUCGCAUUCUAAUCCUCUGCCGCUUGUCAUUGAACAGACGGCUCAGUUGCCGCCGCCGCCGCCGCCACCACCGUCCCUGCCGCCGCCGCCGCCGCCUUUGCUUCCCGCAAGGAACUAUACAAGCAAUGGUUUUCUGAAAGUGUCUUGCAAUGGGGGUCUAAAUCAAAUGCGAGCUGCGAUCUGUGACAUGGUGACUAUUGCUCGCCUUUUGAAUCUCACUCUGGUAGUGCCGGAGCUCGAUAAAACAUCUUUUUGGGCUGACCCUAGUAAUUUUGAGGAUAUCUUUGACGUGAGACAUUUCAUUGAUUCCCUAAGAGAUGAAGUUCGGAUUGUAAGAAGGCUGCCAAAGCGAUAUCAACAGAAGUAUGGUUACCAACCCUUGCAGAUGCCCCCUGUUAGCUGGUCAAACGAAAAGUAUUAUUUGGAACAGAUUUUGCCACUAUUUAGCAAGCAUAAGGUGGUACAUUUCAAUAAGACAGAUGCUCGUUUGGCAAACAAUGGAAUUUCACUAGAUCUUCAGAGGCUCAGAUGUCGAGUCAACUUUCAGGCUUUAAAAUUUACUCCUCAGAUCGAGGCUCUGGACAAAUUAGUCCACCUUCUUCGAGAUAAGGGGCCUUUCAUGGCUUUGCAUCUGAGAUACGAGAUGGAUAUGUUGGCUUUCUCUGGAUGCACCCAAGGUUGUACAGCAGAAGAAGCUGAAGAGCUCAAGCGAAUGAGGUAUGCAUUCCCCUGGUGGAGGGAGAAAGAGAUUGUAUCUCAGGAAAGGAGAUCACAAGGUCUGUGUCCUCUGACUCCGGAAGAGGCAUCAUUAGUUUUACAGGCACUAGGUUUUGACAAAGACACGCAGAUUUACAUCGCAUCUGGAGAAAUCUAUGGCAGCGAACGGAGAUUAGCCGCAUUAAGGGCUGCAUUUCCACGGAUUGUUAAAAAGGAGAUGCUGCUGGAUCCAAAGGAGUUGCAGCAGUUCCAUAAUCACUCGUCACAAAUGGCGGCUCUAGAUUUUAUGGUAUCAAUAGCCAGCAAUACUUUCAUCCCCACAUAUGAUGGAAAUAUGGCAAAACUUGUGGAAGGUCACCGCAGAUAUCUUGGAUUUAAGAGAACUGUUCUCUUAGAUCGUAAAAAGCUUGUGGUGUUACUGGAUUUGUAUCAGAAUGAGACACUUUCACAGAAUGAUUUUGAACUUGCUGUACGUCUGGCACAUGAGAAGAAGAUGGGACAGCCAAGUCAUCGUAGAGUUAUUGUCGAUAAGCCCAAGGAGGAGGAUUACUUCUAUGCAAAUCCUCUGGAGUGCCUUUGCGAGCAACGUGACUGUGAUGAUUUGCUAGGCCCGGGCAAGAGGAACUCCAGUGAAGUCUCUAGUUGAUUGCCGGCGAUGAUCAACUAUUUUCAUCUGAACAUGUUCCGUACAGUAUGUUCACGGGCUUGGGAUUCAAGUUGAUCUCUACAAAAGUUGCAGUGCGCGGCAUAGCUGCAUUAGUUUUCCUUACAAUUAGAUAUGAAGACACUCUGAGUUUGUUGCGCGAGCUGCUCUGCUUUCAUCAUCGUGAAUGGUUUUUGGUUUGACCAUGAUAAGCAAAUGCCCGAGAGCCUAACAAGCAGCAGCCAGCAAAGAAUUCUUGUUUCCUUCUAGGGCAACUACAAAGGCAAAUUCAUCAUUUUUUCUUGUCCAUAGUUAACGAUUGUAAUCUGUUGAGAAGUCCCUGAAAGUGAGAGUGUACAUUUUGCCCUUUUUGUGAUAACACAGAAUGAAAGCUUAUUUGGUUCAUAUCUAUAAUUUUGGUUGGUUAAGGAUCCA